UCUCUCCCAGGGUCCAAAUUCCCUAAAUCACCUUUCCUGGGGGGUGUGCUUUUCGGGAAGUCCAGCCAUCAGCUAAAGGGGAGUUGGGGUCAGCUGGACAGGAAGGUGGGGGAUCCACCUUCACUCUUAAGAGCACAUCUACCCAGUGACUAACAAAGCUGGGCUCUUACCAGGACACUCUCUUCGACUCUCAACUCUGCCUGCGGGGGCACUGCUAGAGUUUGCCUCUCAAACUGUCCCUGUGUGGUCCUUCUGUGACUAGCAGGCAACCUGAGUGAUAACAUAACAGGUGUUUAAGAGACAGGCUUUGAAGUCAGACCUGGGUUCCAGUGCUGCCUCUGCUCUGUGAUUUGAGGCAAAUUGUUUAACAUCUUGGAGCCUUACCUCCCCUGUGACUUUUGAGGAUAAUAUUUUGCCAGUGCUUCCAAAAAGGUUGCUUACAGUCUUAGCCUGGGGGCCAGGCAUAACUGUUCUGAACUAUUACAUUUCUUUCGCAGUUGACUCAAAUGAUUGUUUUUCCAUUUCCAGUUUCUGGGGAGGGUGUGCUCUGCACCUUCUUGUUACCCCCAUAUGCUGCCCUCGCUAAGGACCUUACCCUAGGCCCAUCUGCCAGGCCCAGCAGGUCUGAUCUGGCCUCACCAGGCUCCAGCCACCCUGGCUGUCUUGUAGUUCGCACAAAGGUUCUUACCCUUCUCAGGGCUGUUGCUGGGACUGUCCCUUCCCUGAAGUGCAGUUCCUCCCCUUUCCCUGGUGACUCCUGACUCCUGGCAUUUACACCUUCAGCUUAAAUGCGCCACUUUAUCUAAAAUGCGCCCCCUUCCUGGUUUCACCUCUGCUUGUUCAUUGCCCUUAUUAUACUUGUAAACUAUUCUGUUCCUUUGUUACUUGCUUUUUAUUCCCCUCACACUGGGCUUUAGUAAGCUCCAUGAGGUCAGGGGCCAUUUGUUAGCGCCUAUAAAUACUGUGGAAUCACUCAAACCCUAGGGCCGGUGGCACCAGGAAGUACUGGAUAAGGAACCGCAACACUAACUAACUGGGGCUCAGUGCUCUCUUCCGCCUUCAGUGCCCUGCUCAUCAAGGGUCUGGGUGAGGCCCCAGGUCAUAAGGAAGCCCUCGCUCGACUGCCCCGGGGCCCAUCGCAGCCCCCAACCAGCCCCGAGCGGUCUGAUGGUGCCCAGGGAAUGGUUUCCAAGGCAAUAGCAAACGGGGCGGGGCUUGGAACGGAGGACAAGGCUCGAGCCUAGGCAGGAACUUCUCGGGAGAGGAGGCGGCGACGCGGAGGGGCGCGGGAUCAGGGGCGCUGGGAGGGCGAGCGCGGCGAGGGGCGCAUGCAGGGCCCCGACGCGCCACUGCUCCUGAGCGCGGGGGAGCUGGGGCCCGGGCGCCGGGGCUCGGCCUCCUGGUACCGCCAGGAGGGCGGCGCGGUGUGCAACUGGCUGCGGAAGCCGCAGCCGCUCGAGCCACGCACCAGUUUCCCCUCGGCGCGCCGCUCCGAGUUCCGUCCACCCAGGAGGCUGCCAUGGCCCGGCCCUGCCUCCGCCCAGUCCGAGGAGGGUCACGCAGGCGGCAGAUGCCAGGCGGGCAGCCCCGCCCCUGCGCGCCGCCUCAGCAGCGCCUUCAAGACCCUGGUCCCAGGCACCCACGCCCAGGGCGCCUCGGAUACCCACCCCCUCGGCCCUCCGCACACCCCGGUCCUCAAUGACCCCUCUCCGCAGGAUGGUUUCCCGGUCCUCUGGCGAAGAUCCUCCAAGGCGUCUCACAUGAACCGGCUCAGAAACGCCAAAAUCUACGUGGAGAGAGCUGUCAAGGAGAAGAAGAUCUUUACAAUCCAAGGCUGCUACCCGGUGAUCCGGUGUCUCUUGCGCCGGAGGGGCUGGGUGGAGAAGAAGAUGGUCCAUCGCUCAGGCCCCACCCUGCUGCCACCCCAGAAGGAUCUGGAUAGCUCAGCGAUGGGUGACAGUGACACCACUGAGGAUGAGGAUGAAGAUGAGGACGAGGAGUUCCAGCCACCACAGCUGUUCGACUUCGAUGAUUUACUGAAAUUUGAUAACCUAGAUGGAACACAUGCUCUGAUGUCCCGCAUGGUUCAGAAUGAGACCCCCUACUUCAUCUGGACCACUCGGCGGGAUGUGCUCGACUGUCGCUUCCUCUCCAAGGAUCAGAUGAUAAACCACUACGCCCAGGCUGGCUCCUUUACCACAAAGGUGGGUCUAUGUCUCAAUCUCCGGAAUUUGCCGUGGUUUGAUGAGGUUGAUGCCAACUCCUUCUUCCCACGCUGCUACCGCCUGGGGGCUGAGGAUGACAAAAAAGCCUUCAUAGAGGACUUCUGGCUGACUGCUGCCCGCAACGUUCUCAAGCUGGUGGUGAAGUCUGAGUGGAAGUCAUACCCUAUUCAGGCAGUAGAGGAAGAGGCCUCAGGAGACAAGCAGCCCAAGAAACAGGAGAAAAACCCAGUGUUGGUGUCCCCAGAGUUUGUGGAUGAAGCUCUGUGUGCGUGCGAGGAGUACCUUAGCAACUUGGCCCACAUGGACAUCGACAAGGACCUGGAGGCCCCGCUGUACCUCACCCCCGAGGGCUGGUCCCUCUUCCUCCAGCGCUACUACCAAGUGGUCCACGAAGGGGCAGAACUCAGGCACCUCGACACUCAGGUCCAGCGCUGUGAGGACAUCCUGCAGCAGCUGCGGGCCGUGGUACCCCAGAUAGACAUGGAAGGGGAUCGCAACAUCUGGAUCGUGAAGCCAGGAGCCAAGUCCCGUGGACGAGGCAUCAUGUGCAUGGACCACCUGGAGGAGAUGCUGAAGCUGGUGAACGGCAACCCCGUGGUGAUGAAGGACGGCAAGUGGGUGGUGCAGAAGUAUAUUGAGCGGCCCCUCCUCAUCUUUGGCACCAAGUUUGACCUCAGACAGUGGUUCCUGGUAACUGACUGGAACCCACUUACCGUGUGGUUCUACCGCGACAGCUAUAUCCGCUUUUCCACGCAGCCCUUCUCCCUGAAGAACCUGGACAACUCAGUGCACCUGUGCAACAACUCCAUCCAGAAGCACCUGGAGAACUCAUGCCAUCGGCAUCCACUGCUUCCGCCAGACAACAUGUGGUCUAGCCAGAGGUUCCAGGCCCACCUGCAGGAGAUGGGUGCCCCAAAUGCUUGGUCCACCAUCAUCGUGCCUGGCAUGAAGGAUGCUGUGAUCCAUGCACUUCAGACCUCCCAGGACACCGUGCAGUGUCGGAAGGCCAGCUUUGAGCUCUAUGGCGCUGACUUCGUGUUCGGGGAGGACUUCCAGCCCUGGCUGAUUGAGAUCAACGCCAGCCCCACGAUGGCACCCUCCACAGCAGUCACUGCCCGGCUCUGUGCUGGCGUGCAAGCUGACACCCUGCGCGUGGUCAUUGACCGGAGGCUGGACCGCAACUGUGACACAGGAGCCUUUGAGCUCAUCUAUAAGCAGCCUGCUGUGGAGGUGCCUCAAUAUGUGGGCAUCCGGCUCCUGGUAGAGGGCUUCACCAUCAAGAAGCCCAUGGCGAUGUGUCAUCGGCGGAUGGGGGUCCGCCCAGCAGUCCCUCUGCUGACCCAGCGAGGCUCUGGGGAAGGCAAGGACUCGGGGACCCCUACCCACAGCCGAGGUAUCAGGAAGUUUAAGGAAGUUGCCCAAGGUUGCACAGCUCAGAAGGGGCACAGCUGGGAUGCAGACCCAGGUCUGUUGGACUCUACCCUGUUUUCUUCUCACUGCCUCUGGAGGAGGAACCGGGAGGGCUCCAUCUGCCUUCACCCCACUCCCUCCAUAUCCCCCCAUCCUCCACACAUACCUUUUAGGGCAGCUAGGCCACCUUGGGCCCCACCCCAGGGCCUCACAGCUUCUCUUGCUCCCACAGCCCCUCACCACUUCCCCAGCCUCCACACCAAGGCCCAGCUGCCUUCUCCCCAUGUACUCCGACACCAGGGCCAGGUCCUCCGACGACAGCACAGCAAGCUGGUGGGCACUAAGACCCUGUUGACCACAGGCAAGGCCUUGAGGACUCUACCCACAGCUAAGGUCUUCAUUUCCCUCCCACCUAACCUUGAUUUCAAGGUGGCACCCAGCAUCCUGAAGCCAAGAAAGGCUCCUGCUCUCCUGUGCCUCCGAGGCCCCCAGCUGGAAGUGCCUUGUUGCCUCUGCCCUUUGAAGUCAGAACAAUUCCUAGCACCUGUCAGAAGGUCAAGGCCAAAGGCAAAUUCAAGGCCAGACUGUGACAAACCCAGGGCUGAGGCCUGCCCCAUGAAGAGGCUGAGCCCCCUGAAACCCCUGCCCCUUGUUGGUACAUUCCAGAGGCGCAGGGGCCUGGGGGAUAUGAAGCUAGGGAAGCCCCUGCUUCGAUUCCCCACUGCCCUUGUCCUGGAUCCAACACCAAAUAAAAAGAAACAAGUGAAGUAUUUGGGGCUUGACUCCAUUGCUGUUGGAGGGUCAAGAGUGGGUGGGGCGAGGCUGUGUACCCCAGGGUCCACAGCAAGAGCCUGAGGCCAUCAGCAGCUCCUCCGUGCAGCGAGGCCCAGAAUUCCCACCUAAGGACAGACAUGGGGCUUCCUAUUUAGGGACUCCCCCAGCAUCUCCGAUCCAGGGGUGGGGAGCGUGAGCCUUCACUUUACAGAUGAAGAAACUGAGUCUGAAAGAGGAGGCAUGGCUUACCCAGGAUCACAUGGCAGUGAGUCGACGCAGGGACAUAUUGCCAGAACUGCCGAGCACUGGGAGCCCCCCAACCCCAGAGAACAAGCCAAGCUAGCAGAAUGACACCUACCGGGCAUAGGAACGUUAAUGCCAUGAGACAGGGGAAGGAAUUGGCCUUGCCUAAACCUCAGCCCUUCUGCAGAGGGCAUGGGUCUAUCCCUUCUUCAGCAAGGGGCCAAGGUCACCUAAAAAUGAAAUAUCCAAUAAGCCACACCCACCUGAAGAAAAGUGUGGCACUGCUUAGUUGUAGUGGGUUGAACUGUGGUCCCUGAAAAGAGAUGUCUACUGGGACCCUGUGAAUGUGACCUUAUGUGGGAAAAGAGUCUUUGUAGCUGGGUAUGGUGGCUCACACCUGUUACCCCAGCACUUUGAGAGGCCAAGGCAGGAGAUCGCUUGAGCCCACAAGUUCAAGACCAGUCUGGGCAACAUGGUGAAACCGUUUCUACAGAAAAUUAGCUGGGUGUGGUGGCACACACCUGUAGUCCUAGCUACUCGGGAGGCCUAGGUGGGAGGAUUACCUGAGCCUGGGAAGAUCAAAACUGUGGUGAGCUGUGAUCACGCCACUGCGCUCUGAGCCUGGGAGACAGAGUGAAGCCCUAAAUCAAAAAAAAAAAAAAAGAGGUCUUGCAGAUGUAAAUAAAUUUAAGAUCUUAAAUGAG